AGUCCAAGCCAGCGGAGCCGGGCCGGGGCCAAGCCGAGGGCUCCGAGGGCGCGGGCGGAGCGGGGCACGGAGCCAUGGCGCACCAAACGGGCAUCCACGCCACCGAGGAGCUGAAGGAAUUCUUUGCCAAGGCCCGGGCUGGCUCUGUCCGGCUCAUCAAAGUCGUCAUCGAAGACGAGCAGCUCGUGCUGGGCGCGGCACGGGAGCCCGUGGGCAGCUGGGACCAGGACUAUGACGCGGCUGUGCUGCCACUGCUGGGUGCCCAGCAGCCCUGCUACCUGCUGUACCGUCUGGACUCGAAGAAUGCCCAGGGCUUCGAGUGGCUUUUCCUCGCCUGGUCGCCCGACAGCUCCCCCGUGCGGCUGAAGAUGCUGUACGCAGCCACCCGGGCCACGGUGAAGAAGGAGUUUGGAGGCGGCCACGUCAAGGACGAGCUCUUCGGGACCGUGAAGGACGAUCUCUCCUUGGCUGGGUACCAGAAGCACCUGUCGUCCUGUGCUGCUCCCGCCCCGCUGACCUCGGCCGAGAGAGAGCUUCAGCAGAUCCGUAUCAACGAGGUGAAGACAGAGAUCAGCGUGGAGAGCAAGCACCAGACGCUGCAGGGCCUCGCCUUCCCCCUGCAGCCAGAGGCCCAGCGGGCACUGCAGCAGCUCAAGCGCAAGGCCAUCAACUACAUCCAGCUGAAGCUGGACCUGGAGCGGGAGACGAUCGAGCUGGUGCACACCGAGCCCACGGACGUGGCCCACCUGCCCUCGCGGGUGCCCCGAGAGGCCGCCCGCUACCACUUCUUCCUCUACAAGCACACCCACGAGGGCGACCCGCUGGAGUCCGUGGUGUUCAUCUACUCCAUGCCGGGGUACAAGUGCAGCAUCAAGGAGCGCAUGCUCUACUCCAGCUGCAAGAGCCGUCUCCUCGACUCCGUGGAGCAGGACUUCCAGCUGGAGAUCGCCAAGAAGGGCCCCUGCCGUGGUGCCCUGCUCCCCCUGUGUCUCCUGCUGCAGGCCGAGGUGCUGGGCGUGGCCCUGGCCCAGGGCGCCCUGCCCGCCUUCCUGCCCUGCGAGCUUCAGAACAGCACCCGAGUCAACUGUGAGUGGCUGUUCCUGACAUCCGUGCCCCACUUCUUAGCAUCUGAGCCCCGUGGCAACAUCACCAGCCUGUCCUUGCGCUGCAACCGCAUCCGCCACCUUCACAACUUCGACUUUGCCCACCUGUCCAGCCUGCAGACUCUGGACCUCAAGUGGAACUGCCCGCCGAGCAGCCUCAGCAUCAUGCACUGGGCCUGCCACAUGACCAUCGAGCCCAACACCUUCCUGGCCGUGCCCACCCUGGAGGAACUGAACCUGAGCUACAACAACAUCACGACCGUGCCCGCCCUGCCCCACUCCCUCAGGUACCUGUCUCUGAGCCGCACCAACAUCCUGGUGAUCGACCCCACCAGCUUCUGGGGCCUGCAUGCCUUGAGCCACCUGUACAUGGAUGGCAACUGCUACUAUGAGAAUCCCUGCGGCCGAGCCGUGCAGGUGGCCCCGGGCGCCCUCCUGGGCCUGAGGAACCUCACCCACCUGUCGCUCAAAUACAACAACCUCACGAUGGUGCCCCGAAACCUGCCCCCCAGCCUGCAGAACCUGCUGCUGUCCUAUAACCGCAUUGUCUCCCUGGAGCCUGCAGACCUGGCCAACCUCACGGCUCUGCGUGUGCUUGACGUGGGUGGAAACUGCCGCAGGUGUGACCACGCCCGCAACCCCUGUGUGGAGUGCCCCAAGGGUUUCCCCAAGCUUCACUCCGACACCUUCAGCCACCUGAGCCACCUGGAAGGGCUGGUGCUGAAGGACAGCUCACUCUACGAACUGGACACUGGAUGGUUCCACGGCCUGAGCAACCUGUCAGUGCUCGACCUGAGCGAGAACUUCCUGUCUGAGUGCAUCACGUCCACCCUGGCCUUCCAGGGCCUGAAGAAGCUGCGCAAGCUCAACCUGUCUUUCAAUUACCACAAGGGGGUGUCCUACGCCCACCUGGUCCUGGCCAAGUCCUUCGAGAGCCUGUUGAACUUACAGCAGCUGGACAUGACUGGCAUCUUCUUCCGGGAGCUCAGCGAGAACACUCUCCACUCGCUGACCCAACUACCUAGGCUGCAGCAGCUGAGCCUCCAGAUGAACUUCAUCAACCAGGCCCAGCUCAGCAUCUUCCAGGCCUUCCCCAGCCUGUGCCAUGUGGACCUGUCCAACAACCGCAUCAGUGGGUCCUUGGGGUCGAUGGCCUCCGCGGCGGAGGUGGAUGCUGAGGAGGAGGUCCGGCUGCCCCCCGGCCCUCUAGCACCAGGCCUCCAGGACACCCCCAGCUCUGAGGACUUCAUGCCAAGCUGCAAGGCCUUCAACUUCACCUUGGAUCUGUCCCGGAACAACCUGGUGACCAUCCACCAAGAGAUGUUCUCUGGGCUGUCCCGCCUCCAGUGCCUACGCCUGAGCCACAACUGCAUCUCGCAGGCGGUCAACGGCUCCCAGUUUGUGCCACUGACCAGCCUGCAGGUGCUCGACCUGUCCUACAACAAGCUGGACCUGUACCACGGGCACUCAUUCACGGAGCUGCCACAGCUGCAGGCCCUGGACCUCAGCUACAACAGCCAGCCGUUCAGCAUGCAGGGCGUGGGCCACAACCUCAGCUUCGUGGCGCGGCUGCGCAACCUGCGCUACCUCAGCCUGGCGCACAACUCCAUCCACAGCCGCGUGUCCCCGAGGCUCAGCAGCGCCUCGCUGUGGGCCCUGGACUUCAGCGGCAAUGCCCUGAACCGCAUGUGGAACGAAGGAGACCUCUACCUCCACUUCUUCCAAGGCCUGAGACAGCUGGUCAGACUGGACCUGUCGCAGAACCACCUGCACGCCCUCCUGCCGCACACCCUGGGCAACCUCCCCAAGAGCCUGCGGCUGCUUCGUCUCCAGCACAACUACUUGGCCUUCUUCAACUGGAGCAGCCUGACGCUCCUGCCCAACCUGGAAACCCUGGACCUGGCGGGGAACCAGCUGAAGGCGCUGACCAACGGCAGCCUCCCUGUCGGCACGCGGCUGCAGAGGCUGGACUUCAGCCGCAACCACAUCAGCUUCGUGGCCCCGGGCUUCUUCGCUCAGGCCGUAGGGCUGCAAGAGCUCAACCUCAGUGGCAACGCCCUCAAGACAGUGGAGCGCUCCUGGUUCGGCUCCAUCCCGGUCAACCUGACAGUCCUGGACGUGAGCGCCAACCCCCUGCACUGCGCCUGCGGGGCGGACUUCCUGGACUUCCUGCUGGAGGUGCAGAGCGCCGUGCCCGGGCUGUCCAGCCAGGUGAAGUGCGGCAGUCCGCGCCAGCUGCAGGGCCGCAGCAUCUUCGCACAGGACCUGCGCCUGUGCCUGGACGAGGCCCUCUCCUGGGACUGCUUCAGCCUCUCGCUGCUGGCUCUGGCCCUGGGCCUGGCCCUGCCCCUGCUGCAGCACCUCUGUGGCUGGGACCUCUGGUACUGCUUCUACCUGGGCCUGGCCUGGCUGUCCCGGCGGGGGCGCCGGCGGGGCAAGGAUGCCCUGCUCUACGAUGCCUUCGUGGUCUUCGACAAGUCGCACAGCGCGGUGGCCGACUGGGUGUACAACGAGCUGCGCGUGCAGCUGGAGGAGCGUCGCGGGCGCCGGGCGCUGCACCUGUGCCUGGAGGAGCGGGACUGGGUCCCCGGCAAGACGCUCUUCGAGAACCUGUGGGCCUCGGUCUACAGCAGCCGCAAGACGCUGUUCGUGCUGGCCCACACGGACCGGGUCAGCGGCCUCCUGCGGUCCAGCUUCCUGCUGGCCCAACAGCGCCUGCUGGAAGACCGCAAGGACGUGGUGGUGCUGGUGAUCCUGAGGCCCAACGUGCGCCGCUCCCGCUACGUGCGACUCCGCCAGCACCUCUGCCGCCGGAGCGUCCUCCUCUGGCCCCAACAGCCCAGCGGCCAGAGCACCUUCUGGGCCCAGCUGGGCAUGGCCCUGACCAGGGACAACCGCCACUUCUACAACCGAAACUUCUGCCGGGGCCCCACAACAGCCGGGUAGCAGGGGGCAGCCAG